AUGAGGAGGAGGAAGAGGAGGAUGUCCAAUCUUCCAAGUGAAUUGGUGGAGGAGAUUAUAUCUAGGGUUCAAAUGAAAUAUAUGGGAAUAGUUCGAUCUACAUGUAAAACGUGGAACUCUUUCUUCCAAGAUCCGAGCUUUGUAAAAAAGCACAUCGGCCAAGCAGCAGCAUCAACAAGGGAAAGAGGGUUUCUGAUGAUCACGAGGGAUGAUAGGGUUCAGUUGAUUAGCGUCAAUCUCAAUGAAAAUCACAAGAACAAAGACUUUGAUCUAUCGAUAAACCGUAAAGGUGCACUUAGGAUCGGAGGAAUUUCAGAUCACGUAGUAUAUAAUAUAUCUCAAGUCUUUCACUGCAACGGCUUAUGGUUAUGUGUAUCGAGUAACAUCAGAACUAGGUCUAGGGUUGUGGUUUGGAGCCCGUAUUGGGGGAAUACAAGAUGGAUCGAUGACCGGAAAGAUGACUGGGGAUUAGUACAGAGGUUUGCUUUCGGAUACGACAAAUCCUGCGGUAGCUACAAAAUCUUGAAGUGGUUCCUUUUUCAUCACCUCAAAAUCUUUAACUUAAGCAAUAAUUCUUGGAAGAUUCAUAAUGUCACUCUUGACCUGGUGGAUAAUAUAGAGAUAGGAUAUCGUCAGCAAGGCGUGUCGUUGAAAGGAAAUACUUACUGGCAUGCUGGAAGUUAUCAAUCAAGAGAUGCUUUUUUACUAUGUUUUGAUUUUACAAGAGAGAAAUUUGGACCACGUCUGCCUUUGCCAUCUGGAUAUAAGUAUGAAUGCGAGGUGUAUCUAUCUGCGGUUAGAGAAGAGAAGCUUCUGGUGUUAAUACGACCGUGGCGUACUUAUGACAUAAAGGUUUGGAUUACGAAUAAGAUUGAGCCUGAUGCAGUCUCGUGGACCAACUUCUUGAAAGUUGAUAUCACGCCACAAGUUGAUAUCAUGUUCCAGAUUAAAAGUUUCUUUAUUGACGAGGAGAAGAAAAUCGCUGUGGUUUUUGGUGAAAUCUAUAAUUCUCAAAUUUGCAGCAUCGCUUUCAUCAUUGGAGAGAAUGGUUAUUUUAGAAGAGUGGAUCUCGGAAUGUUUGGAAACAUACAACUUCACCCAUUUGUGUACUCUUAUGCUCCAAAUUCUUUGCAAAUCAAGUGA